GCUCUCUCGCCUGCUCGGAGCUGCAGUAUAUGAGAGGGUCUCCUGGGUCUAGCUUCACUGCAGUGUAGAGAAGGGCAGGGCGGCUGUUUUAGUACGAUGCGCUGAAGGAUGGUGCACCAGGAGAAACGCGUUUACCAGGCCCAGAGGAACGAGAGAGAGUCCAUCAGGCAGAAACUUGCCCUUGGCAGUUUCUAUGACGACGAGCCAGUCAUCUACACCAGCUGCAGCAAGAACGGCCCGUCCUCCCGGCUGCAGAGUGGGGUGAAUCUACAGGUGUGUUUUGUGAACGACAGCAGCAGUGACAAAGACAGUGAUGCUGAAGACAGCAGGACAGAGACCAGUUUGGACACGCCACUAUCCCCUGUGAGCAAGCAGAGCUCAUCAUUAUCUGACCGAGACACAGCAGAGGAGGACUCGGACCCAUUGGAUGACUGCAGCGGGUUCUGGCGGGUGCAGCGGAGGCUGCAGGAGGAGGCCCGGGUGGCGCUGGCUCUGGCUCGACCCAUGGCUCGCAUGCAGGUGGAAGUGGAGAGGCAAAUCCAACUGCACAGACGUUCACCUGUGGCUGACCUGCUUCCCCACCUGCCCCACAUCAGUGAGGGUCUGAUGAAGAGGAAUCUGCGACGAGGGGACAUGAGGGACAUGAGUCUGGGACAGCUGCAAGUCAUCACAAAUGACCUACACUCACAGAUUCAGAGCCUAAAUGAGGAGCUGGUGCAGUUGUUGCUGAUGAGGGACGAGCUGCAUGUUGAGCAGGACGCCAUGCUGGUGGACAUCGAGGACCUAACCAGGCACGCUCACAGCCAUCAGCGGCACCAGGCAGAGAAAGCUAUGUCUAAAUAAAACACCCUGUCUACACUUGUGUUCAUCUGCACGCCAUCUUACCUCCCGCUCCACUGAUUGUCACCAGUGUUACUAAUAGAGUUCAUCCAUGCCGACUGUGUGUGUGGAGAUUAACCCACAAUUUAUUGUAAGAGUAACACACAAACACACUAAUAAUGUAAUGCACCACAGGUGAAGGACAGAGGCUUUUUACUCUUCACUGAGCACGGUUAAUAAAGCAUUAUUCCACAGACUCCUCCUCAUCCUUCAACCUGAUUUUGCGCAGUGAUGUUGAGGGGCGACACCACCUUUAGUUUGUCUCUAUAAUAAUCAAGCAGAUUGAUUUGUUCAUGAGUAGACAAGCUCUGUUUACCUUUUCUUUCACUCAAAGCACUGUGCCAUGUUUUGAACACUGGAAUUCACCAUUAAACAUAUAUCUACUAUCUGAACUGUUGCAAAGAAAAACACUGAGCUCAUUUAGUGGUGUUUAAAUGUUGCAGCGGCUUCAGAGAGGACUCUUAGGAUUAUCUAGUAACAAAAUUAGAUGGACCUGAACAGCUGCUACAGGUUAUUACUGCUUUAAUAAUUAAUUUAGAGCUAUACUAGUGAAAUUUAUGGAGUAUUUGUAUUGUUAAAAACACUAUAUGUAUAACAGACAAAAUGAGAUGAACAUGGUUGGAAAGUUAAAUAUGGCUAAAAAAGCUUAAGUCAAGAUCUCCUUCAUUAUAAUAAACAUCUUUUUUGUUAUGCUCAACUUACUAAUGCUAAAAAGAGCAAUCACAAAUGACCAUAUGAUAAUAAAUCAUAGCUUAAACUUAUAUCUACUUUAUCUGUUCAGAGAUUGGAGCUUUAUGGACGUACUGUAUGUAAAUGUUAAGAUACUUUAUAAAAAAGCUGAAGAACAUGCCAUGUUGGCUGUGUUUAAAUGUUUUCACUCGCACCUUUUUAAGAAUGUCACUGAACAUGUUCUUUUUCUAUUAUAUGCUUCAUGAUAAAUGUACUGUUUGAUGAUUGUAAAAAAACUCUAGUAAUAAAGGUUUCAAGUGUGUGAACUCAGUUUCAAUCUGGCUUCUUUAAUGAGAGUUAAUUUGACUUUUAUAAUCUGACUGACUCUGUGUGCAUUGGUGAUAACAG